UUCCCUCCGUACAUAGGGUUUUUCGUUGUCCCCGUCUGUAGUGUUACUGAUUCGCAGCAAGCAAGCGUACCAUUUCCCUUGAAUCCGGGUAGAGAUUGCUUCGGAGAGAGGUGGAGGGUUCUUCAACUCUAGAUUCGAUGGAGGCUGCCGCCGGAGCAGACGCCCCUGAUCUCGUCUGUCAGCUCGACAGCGUCCAAGGCAUGGUCGACGCUCUCUCCUCCGUCCGAUGGAAACGCCACCAGGAUGCAGUAGUGGAAUUAUCCGAACACGGGAUUGUUCUCAUCGUCGAAGAAAUCGGUUGCGUUCAGGCCAAGGUCUACCUAAAGCGCGAGCUUUUCAUUGCUUACGAAUAUACAGCUGAAGGACGCCCGAGAUUUGGACUGAGUUUGGGACUCUUUGUCGAUUGCCUGAACACAUUCUCCACACCCGGACAUGCAACUGUAAUUGAAAUUCGGUACCCAGGGCCUGACAUGCAGCUCCUUCUCAAGUCAGUUGAUUCACCUAAUGCGUGUAUCUAUGCGGAGAUCAGGACAAGGAUCCCUGAUACUGUUUCCUGGGACUACAAUUUCGAGCCUACAGGAAAUGUCCCAGUCAGUUUUACUGUUAAGUCUGCUGUGCUGAAGGAGGCAAUCGAUGAUCUAGAAUGGCCAGGCUCAAGCAUUCAGAUAAUUCUACAACCAGACCCCCCGUCUGUUACAUUUAGGGGUGAAGGCCAUGGAGACUUGCAGAUCGACUUCUUGUAUUAUGCAAAUACUGAUCUUUUGAUUGCAUUCCAAUGCGACCAUCAAGUCUCUUACAGGUACAAGUACAAGUUUCUUCGUGCGACGACUUCAAACAUUCCUAGCAUUGUAUUGAAGGAUAAUAGAGGAAGCAAACUGACGAUUGGGAGAGGUGGGAUGUUGAAAAUCCAGCACCUUGUAUCUGUUGUAAGACCUGGGGUCCAACAUCCUCCGCAUGGUGAUCCUGGCGGGUACCAACAACCUAGUCGAAUCGCAUAUAUCGAGUUCUAUGUCAAACCAGAAGAAGAUGACACUGUUAAUGAUUCAUAGACACUGUCGCCCUGUGUUUUGGUUCACAAGUGAAUUGAAUACAGGCAUUUAGUUGAAUCAAAUACAAAAUGACAAAUGGUGACUGCUGUCUCCCACUAUUCAUAAUGGAGCAUAUGUCUUCAAAUUGCAGUUUCAGUGCGAUUUGGGAUCAAAACCUCAUUAUGGAUGCUAUGGAAGAUUCGUGUCUGAUCAACCGCUAUUGGUUACGAGGAAAUAUUCAGUGUUCAAUCACGGAAUUGCUAGGUCUAACAAGUUGUCCAUGUGGGUUAGAUUUUUAGGGACCUUCAGCAUUUAUAGAGUGACUGCAUCGUUGGUUGGAGAUGCUCUAGAAUCUUCCCCAUUAGAUGACCUAACCAUCCAGCAGCUUUCCCCCGUUAAAUGCAGGCCAUCGGAGAAGAUUUCAUGGAAUGUCAAGAGGGAAGUGGUGUAAUGGGAAUCUGGAUCGCUGAUAGUGGACAUUUGUUAUCUUAAGGCUUUGUUUGGGUUUGUAAUUGUUAGUGGUGUAUUCUUUGCGCCAUCGCCAUGGCUAUUGCUUUUGUGUUUUCUUAAUAAAUGUAAAGUUAACCUUGCAA